GUUCAUGCAUGUGUUGAAAUUGUUGAUUCGUGCCAGCACCGUGGAGACCAAAUGUGGUCUGCAACCGCAGCGUGCACUCCUGGAGUCUCCAAGCCAAUCCGUAAUCAGGGAAGUAGUAAUAAUAUUUAGACGCUCAGUUCUGAAUUUAGCGUACGGCAAUGCCGCAAGUUUCAACGGAAUUUGUUUCCCACUGUUCACGUUCUCAUGAAUCAUCUUCACUACAAACGACAACUGCAUGCUUACCAGCAGGCCCAAGCUGUUCAAUCCACGGCAGUCGACAAACACAACUGACUCCAAUACCGCAGCACAAUCUACUGCCACUAGCUCGGACGCACCCACGCCAACUAUCAGCAACAGUCAGGCAUCCACGAUAACGUCUAUACUGUCAACCAGCCAGCCUGGUAGCUCCCAGGCUACCAGCGAUAGUUUACCAUCAAGCAGUCCCACACCAUCCUCUUCUGAUGUCAGUACUACGAGUUCUUCUACUUCUGUUAUUACAACGUCAUCUCAGUCUGACUUGACAGCAUCAUUGUCACCCGUUACAUCUACAAGCUCAGAAACUUCGAGUUCUACACCUACAUCUCAGCCACCUACUUCCACAACUUCAUCCGUAUCAACACCAUCCUCUACCUCGGUCUCAGCUCCAACACCGACCAGCACCAGCACCCCCACCAGCACUUCCACCAGCACUUCCAUCAGCACCUCCACCGUCACCUUAUUACCAUCACCUACUCAAAACAACCCGACGUCUACGACUCCAACUUCCACAUAUGCAAGCCAGACGACAUCGACCAUCACCUCGUCUUUUGUGACGGUUGUAGGUGGAACUACCAUGACAUCUUUCAGUUUGAUCCCUACGGUCAUCAGUGAACCCUCGACCACCACUACAGGCGCAACUGAUCGCACUGCCGUUAUCGCUGGCUCCGUGAUUGGUGGAGGCCUAUUCCUAAUCAUUGGUCUUUCUGUAUUUUUCUACCGCCAACGUCAGCGCUUCAAACACUUCCACUUCCUCGAUGCUAUCAAUGUGCGCAGGCGACAAGCCCGUGCCAGAGCAACAAUACUUGCGAGCGAAGACCUUGAGGACGUUGGUGUCGCACGUCCGUCUCCAGGAAGAUACUCCGAUCAUGAUGCCCCCUGGGAUCCGCAUGAUAGCUCUGGGUCUAAUCAUACUGAACGUCGCACACUCAUGGGUCACAUGGUACAGAGUGGGGACAUUGACUUGAGCCACAUCAUCGACGAUGUCAUGGGCCCUUCAGCGUUAGGCGUGCACUACUCACAAAAUUCCCUAUCAUCUUCCUAUCGCGACUGGUCAGGGGAUGAGUCUGCGCCUCAAACUAGAGAGAGAACAUCGCAAAUUGCGUUACUAGAAGCCGCAGGGCUGAGUACCACGGGAGGCCCCAGCAUGCAACCUAUGCAGCCUAGCCCACUUGGGAACAAUGAUCCUGAUCCUGUUGUCACAGGUGGCGGUAAUGCCCUGUGACAAUGAUGCCAGUCUAUAUCUGUUUUAUCUUUCGCUUGUUGUACAGCAUUAACGCGCUGUGAUCAAGGUGGAUAUGCCGAACCCCUUGCAUCUGUACCGAGUUGAUCGGUCAAUUCUACUCAAGUUGGCCUGAUCUAAAAAUCAGAUGACUGUGUUCUUUAUAUGUGCUGAUCUUUAUUCAUACAUAAUGUUUGUUGUUUCACUCUGUCGCAUAUGUAUACAUUACUUACUGUCGUGGUCGUUCACUUCGAACAUUACUGGACAUGGAUGAGUCGUUAUAAUCAUGCCACGGACUUUUCACGGACUUUACUCUUUGACUCCCUCGUUAUGCACUCCUAGCAAUACUAUUGACGAUGGAUGAUGCUAAUCAUGCAUUUUGAUUCCCUACUCCUAUAAAAUCAAUCGUUGAAUUCAA